AUGCAGAACAUCUUGGACCAAAAUUUAGACAUGGCGACCGCUCUACUAGCCGGCGAGAAGCUGAAGGAGCUCAUCCUGCCCGGUUCCUCGCAAGAUGAACGGGGCGGCGCCUUGGCUAGCCUGAUGGUGCAGCUCAAGCUGGAGCUGCCGUUUGAUCGCGUGGUUACCAUAGGAACGGUGAUCAUCCCGAUCCUGUUGGUCACGCUCGUCUUUACCAGGAAUUUUGCAGAGGAAUCCAUCUACUGCUACACUCCCCACAACUUCACCCGAGACCAGGCGCUUUACGCGAGAGGCUACUGCUGGACGGAGCUGCGCGACGCCGCGGUCGGCGUGGAGCCUCACCUCUGGCCUUCGCUCUUCGAGCACAAAUUUCUACCUUACGCCCUGCUGGCCUUCGCCGGCAUCAUGUACAUCCCCGCUCUGGGCUGGGAAUUCCUAGCCUCCACCCGCCUGACCUCGGAGCUGAAUUUCCUGCUCCAAGAGAUCGAUAACUGCUACCACCGAGCCGCCGAGGGCCGGGCGCCUAAAAUCGAGAAGCAGAUCCAAUCCAAAGGACCCGGCAUCACCGAGCGAGAGCGGAGAGAAAUCAUCGAGAACGCGGAGAAAGAGAAGAGCCCCGAGCAAAAUCUUUUCGAGAAGUACUUAGAAAGACGAGGUCAGAGUAACUUUUUAGCUAAAAUAUACCUGGCGCGCCACUUAGCCAUCAUCUGCCUCAGUUCCAUCCCUAUUUCUUACCUGAGCGCUUACUACGCCCGGCAAAGACAGAACGAAUUCACCUGCGCUCUGGGCGAGCCGCCGGAUAUUAGCAGCUAUUCCGAGUUGAAGAUUCGGGUGAAUUGUAAGCUCCCCGCUGUUCAGCUGCAGCGAAUCAUGGCGGCGGUGGAUAUCGCUCUUCUCUGCACCAUGAAUCUGAUUAUCCUGCUUAAUUUGCUGCAUUUAUUCGUGGUGCGCAAGUCCAACUUUGUAUUCGACAAGUUGCACAAAGUGGGGAUUAAGACGCGGAGGCGUUGGCAGAAGUCCCAGUUUUGCGAUAUUAACAUCUUGGCCAUGUUUUGCAAUGAAAACAGAGACCACAUCAAGUCCCUCAACAGGCUGGAUUUCAUCACCAACGAGAGCGACCUCAUGUACGAUAACGUGGUCCGGCAGCUCUUGGCCGCGCUGGCGCAGUCCAAUCACGACGCCACGCCCACCGUGAGGGACUCCGGGAUACAAACUAUUGAUCCCAACACGGAUCCGUCCGAUCUGGGAGUCGGGGAUAUGCCCACCGAGCCGUUGGUGAUCAAGCGACCGCGCAAGAAGAUUAAAUGGAUUCCGACUUCUAAUCCUCUUCCGCAGUCUUUUAAAGAACCUCUUACUCUGACACGUUUGGAAAAUAACACCAAGCCUGAAAAACCCAAACCGCUCAGACGUAAGACAGUGGCAGAUAGCUUCAUCGCACCACUUCUGGAUAGCAAGAGCACACAGUAUCCUGCAACUAAAGAUUUAAGCGGGAUGGAGAAAAAGCACACUCGCAACUUCUCUCUGGAUGUUCACCCGUACAUGCUGACCAUUCGGAAACCGAAGGUGGAGAUCACAACCGCGGAGCCUCUACCCUCGGAGCACAACAUGGAUGCUGUAUACCUCGAAGGCACACAUACUAUCGUUCAUGUUUCUAGCGCAUUGGCAGAGACGAAAGUUUGCUCUCCAGAAUCUACCACCACUGCCUUUUCAACGGUGACCCUGCCCACCAGCACAUACAUCAACGGCGGAAGCCCCAACCCAGCCUCCAGUGAGGACCCCCUUAGUCCCAAACCUUCUCCUCCUCAAGUCACACAGGAGGAAAAUGUCGAGUCUCAACCCCCGACCCUUACCCGAGCGCCGACGCACCAGCUGCUGAGCAUUCAUCAUACUCUGUUUGAGGAAGAAGAGGAUGAAGAAAACCGUCGAGACAGGUUGGCAGGACGUCCAGGGGAACUCAUUGCUGCAGGGGAAUGUUAA